CACCACCGCCCACCGCCAUGGCCGCCGCUGCUUCUUGGAUCGGCCUUGUCCUCUCCUGCUGUGCUUUCGCAGGAUUGGCAGAGGGCGGCAACCUUCGAGCCGGUACAUGCGAAUACAACGGCAUUACAUACUGGGGAGGUCAGACCAUUGAGGCUCUGCCGGAGCAAUGCACUGAGCUCAAGUGCAAGUGGUCCGCCGACGGGAACCCGACGGUGCAGCUGAUGCCCAUCGACGGAUGCAGCUGCACCACCGCCAGGGCUCUCCCGACCGACCACGAAGCGGAGGACCUCCACGCCCAGACCCGCCAGACCAAGAGCCAGUGUCUGUUCAACGGCCAGCUCAGGUGGGGCGGCGCCGUCCUCGACCGGAUCGACGAGAACUGCGUCAAGCUCGUCUGCAAGAGUGUGGCCGGCGCGCAGAAUUAUCCCGAGUUGCAGACAACGUCGGGCUGCACUUGCACACAGCAAUCAACUACGAGUACGACUUCAACUUCUGCCACGUCCACAACCUCGCCCACUACAUCUGCAACCACGCCCACCACUUCUACUGCAACCACGCCCACUACAUCCGCAACCACGCCCACCACCUCUGCAACCACGCUAACCACUACUACAACCACGACCACCACUUCCACUACAACCACGCCUACAUCUACCACAACCUUAUCAACAACAACAGCUACAUCAACAACCACACAAACUACAACCACAGAAAUGACAACCGCAGACGACUCCACAAUCAAGGGCUGCAAGGAGGAGACCACCCCAGAGGCGCCCACAACCACAGUUUCUGCGACCGACACCACCGAGGCCUGCGCUGGCACUGACACCGUCACUCCCUAGUCACAGGUCGAUUUUGGACUCUUGAAGUCUCUUUAGAUUGAAAUAAUAAAACAAACUCCCGCAACCUUGGCUAAAUAACAUUUUCAAUAUGGUUCAAGCGUUUAAUACAUGAGGAUCUACUCUUAAGGUCUUAAGGGAUGGAUGGAAAAUUGAAUUUAUAGUCAGCAAUCAGAUGUUCUUUGAUGGUGGAUUGAAUAAAGUUAUUAUAAAAUG